GCCGCCUGAGCACCGAGCCCCGGUAGAAGAGCGCCGUCCUGCCGCCGGCAUGCCGAGCAUGCGACAGUCCUACACGGUGACGGUGCCGGAGGAGCCGCCCGCCGCCGCCUUCCCGUUCCUGAAGCAGGAGAUGCGCCGGAAGGGCAGCAUGUCGGGGUCGGUGCUGGUGUCCACCUUCGUGGGGCUCCUCAUUAACCAAGCCAAGAACUCAAAGAGUGCCCAAGGCCUGGUGGGACUGAAGAACCUAGGAAAUACUUGUUUCAUGAACAGUAUCCUGCAGUGUCUGAGCAACACACAGAGCCUGCGUGACUACUGCCUGCACAACUCGCACCGCAGAGACCUUAACAACAACAGCCGCACCAACACAGCCCUCAUGGAAGAAUUCGCCAAGCUGAUCCAGACCAUGUGGACGUCGACCAGCAGCGAGGCGGUCAGCCCGUCUGAGUUCAAAACCCAGAUCCAGAGAUACGCUCCCAGAUUUGUGGGCUAUAACCAACAGGACGCUCAGGAGUUCCUGCGUUUCCUGCUGGACGGCCUGCAUAACGAGGUCAACAGGGUCACCGUGAGGCCGAGGGGCACCGUGGAGGACUUCGACCACCUGCCGGAUGAAGAAAAGGGGAAGAAGAUGUGGAGUAAAUAUUUGGAAAGAGAGGACAGUAAAAUAGUUGAUGUGUUUGUGGGGCAGCUGAAGAGCUCCCUGACCUGCAGCCACUGUGGUUUCUGCUCCACUGUGUUCGAUCCCUUCUGGGAUCUUUCUCUGCCUAUCGCAAAGAAGGGCUACGGUGAGGUGAGCCUGAUGGACUGCAUGCGGCUCUUCACCAAAGAGGACGUCCUUGAUGGGGAUGAGAAGCCGACGUGCUACAGGUGUAAAGCCAGGAGGAGGUGCACGAAGAAGUUCACGAUACAGAAGUUCCCCAAGAUCCUCGUGCUGCACCUGAAACGCUUCUCUGAGGCACGACGAACCAGCAAACUGUCCACCUUUGUUAACUUCCCCAUGAAGGACCUGGACCUUCGAGAGUUUGCCUCUGAAAACAGCACAAAUGCAGUAUACAACCUGUAUGCAGUGUCCAACCACUCAGGCACAACCAUGGGAGGUCACUACACAGCCUAUUGUCGCAAUCCCAGCUCGGGAGAAUGGUACACCUUUAAUGACUCCAGAGUAACGCCAAUGUCGUCCAGCCAAGUGCGCAGCAGCGACGCCUACGUCUUAUUCUACGAGCUGGCUACCUCCUCCCGGAUGUGAGGUCACCCCAAGGACACGGCUCCACUUUGGCUGAUGCACAGAUGGAUGGACAUUAGUAUUUGGACUUUAGUUUUUCAAAAACACAUACGAGGACUCCACUUCUCCAUCCCCCACCCCAGCAGCUGUGAAGCUGCAGCUGGAGAGAACACCAAGGACUCCAUGGGAACCUGAUCCACCAGCUCUGUUCUCUGUGUCUGUGCGUACUGCUGUGUACUGCAGGCGUGUGUUUACUGUGUAUGUGUGUGUGCAGCAAAAAAAACAACAACAACAGGGCAAUAACCCCAAUGCACCAACCAAGCAGGUGAAUCCAUGUCAGAGGUCCCUCUCUAUGCACUGCAAACCAAACUCAUCCUGACUGCGCCUUCAACUCUCCUUAAUCUUCUCGUCUGCCUCAGAUGAUUAAACCUGACUUCUUGCGUUGUUUUUCCUCUGA